CUGUACUGUGUCCGCAGUCUCUGGUCAUCUCCUGUACUAUGUCCGCAGUCUCUGGUCAUCUCCUGUACUAUGUCUGCAGUCUCUGGUCAUCUCCUGUACUGUGUCCGCAGUCUCUGGUCAUCUCCUGUACUAUGUCCGCAGUCUCUGGUUAUCCCCUGUACUGUGUCCGCAGUCUCUGGUCAUCUCCUGUACUAUGUCUACAGUCUCUGCCUCUAAAACCUAGGUGCGUCUUAUGGAGCGAAAAAUACGGUAAU